GAAACUGUUUUUCGUAUUUUUUUUAAAGUUUUUUUUUCUUUUCUUUAUUUUCCUCCCUUCUUUCUUCUUUCUUUCUCUCUUGCGGCCGCACACAACCAGAAACACCGGCGCUGUUCUUCGUUCUCCCCUUCUCUCUAUCGCAAAUUCUGUUUUUUUCUCUCUGCAGCUUUUUGGUUUCGGAUCGGAGAUAAUGAGGAGACUGGGGAGGUUUAUCGAGUGCAGUCCUGGAUAAAUCGAUCGGUUUUAUUUGAUUUUGUUGUCCGAGUUUGGGUAAUUUUGAAAUUAAGGAUUAGAAGUGAAGUAAGAUUUUGAAGAUGGGUUAUUUGAACUCCGUUCUGUCGAAUACGAGCGGAAGCCAAGCGGAUGAUUCUCCGGUUAGCGGUGGGGGUCUCAGUCAAAAUAGAAAGUUCAGUUACGGAUAUGCAAGCUCUCCUGGGAAAAGAUCUUCUAUGGAGGACUUUUAUGAAGCCAGAAUUGAUGGGGUUGAUGGAGAAAUUGUUGGUCUGUUUGGAGUGUUCGAUGGUCAUGGAGGGGCUCGAGCAGCAGAGUAUGUUAAACAAAACCUCUUCAGCAAUUUGAUCAGUCAUCCAAAGUUCAUAAGUGAUACCAAGUCUGCAAUAGGUGACGCGUAUAAACAUACAGACUCAGAGUUCCUUAAAUCGGAAAAUAAUCAGAACAGAGAUGCUGGCUCAACUGCUUCAACUGCUAUUCUUGUUGGUGAUCGACUGCUAGUUGCCAAUGUUGGAGAUUCUAGGGCUGUUAUCUGCAGGGGAGGGAAUGCUAUUGCUGUUUCGAGAGAUCACAAGCCUGAUCAAACUGAUGAGCGCCAAAGAAUUGAGGAUGCUGGGGGUUUUGUGAUGUGGGCAGGAACAUGGCGUGUUGGUGGUGUUCUUGCUGUUUCUCGUGCAUUUGGUGAUAGAUUAUUAAAGCAGUAUGUUGUUGCUGAUCCAGAAAUUCAGGAGGAGAUCAUUGAUGGCUCGCAGGAGUUUCUCAUUCUUGCAAGUGAUGGCCUGUGGGACGUUGUUACAAAUGAGGAGGCUGUAGCCAUGGUAAAAGCCAUUGAAGAUCCAGAAGAAGCAGCUAGAAGACUAAUGGAGGAGGCUUAUCAGAGAGGAAGUGCAGAUAAUAUCACUUGUGUCGUCGUUAGAUUCUUGGUUGGCAAGAAUGGCAAUUCUCCCCAGCAAGAGCAGCUGCAAGAUUAGUAAAAUUUCUCCCUAAUAUUGUUGUUGUAUCUUUGAUUGUACCUAGUGUAAUUAAUAUAAAUACAUAUAUGUGGUAGAAAAACAACGAACUCCCUAUGUAUGCUCUCUAGGAAGCCUACAGAACUUUAGGCCUCCCUUGCGUCGACGGUGGUGGUGGGCUAUAGGGGAAUGGUUAGGAAAACAGUGUUUCUUGGUUGCAGACUUAGGCAUGUGGAGCUGAAAGAUGGUGGUAUAUAUAAUUAUCUUGUGAAGAGUGAGAGCAGGUGUUAUAUUGUUUACUUCAAUGUUUAAGUGCUAAUGCUGGAAAUUUAUCAACGAUAUAGGAAUAGUGAUCUGCAUGUCAAUAAGCAUUACAGGACGACCCCUAGAAAGAGGUGAUAUAUGACCAAGUCUUUUUUUCCUUUUAUUUUUUCUGGGUGGUGGUUUUUGUGUGUAGGUGGGGCGGAGAUUGGGUCAGUUUGAGAAUUUUAACUCUUCUAUCUGUAAUGCAAAUUACCCUAUUCCUAUAGGGAUGGUUAGUUA